GAGAGGUCUCUGUUAUCAAAAUAUCCGGCCACCAGAUAAAGGCGGAAGUUAAACCCCGUAGCUGGCCUUUUUCAUCCACCAUGGGUUUCCAAUCGAAGCCUCUGCUGAUAGAUGCCAGGGGGCACCUGUUGGGGCGCCUGGCUUCCAUCGUUGCCAAAACCUUGUUGCAAGGUCAAAGGGUGGUAGUCCUAAGAUGUGAAGGAAUCAACAUCUCUGGAAACUUUUACAGAAACAAAUUGAAAUACCUAGAAUUCCUGAGGAAGCGCACCAACUCGAACCCAUCUAAAGGACCAUACCAUUUUAGAUCUCCAUCAAAAAUCUUCUGGAGAACAGUGAGAGGUAUGAUCCCCCACAAGUUGACUCGUGGUAAAGAUGCUAUGGACAGAAUGAAGGUGUUCGAGGGUAUUCCACCCCCAUAUGACAAGCAGAAGAGAAUGGUGGUGCCUGCUGCCCUCAAAGUGCUGCGCAUGAACCCUAGACGGAAGUUUUGCAACCUAAACCGCCUGUCCCAUGAGGUUGGCUGGAAAUAUCAAGGUGUUGUGGCCACACUGGAGUCCAAACGUAAAGUCAAGGCCAGAAGUUACUAUGACAAGAAGAAGGCUGAAGGAAAAAUGAAAGCCCAAGCCACAAAAACAGUUAUUGAAAACAAGGGAGCAGAUCUGCAGAAAACUGUGGAAUCAAUGGGCUAUGCAUAGACUUUCAAGUGUAAAUUAAUGUAAAAAAGAGAACGAAAAAAAAGAACAUUAAAGAAUUUUCAAGUAUGGAA